AACUAUUAAAACGAUUGAGUGUUCAUUGUAGUUCAACGACAUGUUGGCCUGCAUUAUACUCAUCAGCUGGUUGCUGCUCAUAUGGCUGUAUUUUCUCUGGAGCCGACGACGAUACUAUUGGGCAGCAUGGCAGCUAAGAGGCCCCAUAGGCUUGCCCUUUAUAGGCAUGGGUCUGCAAAUGAUGAAGCCCGAGACCUUUUUGCAGUACAUGGCAGGCCUUUCGUACAAGUAUAAGGCACCUUUCAUAUCCUGGAUGGGCACCGAUUGCUUUCUGUAUGUCAACGAUCCGCAGAGCGUGGAGCAGGUCUUCAAUUCCACACACUGCACCAACAAAAGCGAUUUCUAUCGCUUCAUAAGCUCCGCCAUAGGCGAUGGCCUUUUCACAUCCAGCUCCCCACGGUGGCAAAAACAUCGUCGGCUUAUUAAUCCCGCCUUUGGACGUCAAAUACUUUGCAACUUUUUGCCUAUAUUCAAUACCGAGGCUGAAGUACUGUUGAAUAAGUUGGAGGUGGAGGGCGUGCAGCAGUGCAAAGGAGUUGAGAUAUAUUUGAUACUCAAGAAAAUUGUGCUAGAGGCCGCUUGCCAGACUACCAUGGGCAAGAAAAUGAAUUUUCAGCAUGAUGGAUCUAUGGCUAUAUUUGAGGCAUAUAGCGGCAUCACAGAGGUCUGUGUAAAGCGCAUGUUGUCGCCAUGGUUGUAUCCGGAGCUCAUCUAUCGCUGGUCGCAACUUUUUGGACGACAACAGAAAGUUGUCAGUGUGCUGUUUGGCUUUGUGGAGCAGUUGCUACAACCCAAUGUUGCUGUUGUGGGCGUUGCGAAUAAACAACAAGAACAAGAACAACAUCAACAACAGCAGCAGCAGCAGCCGCGCAGCAAGUCAAAAUCUAUAUUCAUUGAGCAGGUGCGUGAGCAUGUGGAAAUUGGACAGCAAAUGAGCUGGCAGGAUGUCAGAGACGAGGCCAAUGUAAUUAUUGCAGCGACCUUUGAAACCACUUCAACCGCCCUAUACUUUACAAUCUUGUGCCUGGCCAUGCAUCCGGAGUAUCAAGAAAAACUGCAUGCCGAGCUCAAGGCUGAGCUGCCCGCACAAGGUGAUAUAGCCAUAGAGCAGCUGGAGCGUCUCAGUUACACAGAAAUGGCCAUUAAUGAGGCAAUGCGUCUAUUUGCGCCCGUCCCCAUGGUCUUGCGACGAGCUGGCCAGGACCUGCUGCUGCGACGCUCAGAUGGCGAGUUUCUGAUUCCGCGCGGCACACAAAUCGGCAUUGAUAUCUACAACAUGCAGCGGGACGAGCGUGUCUGGGGCUACUUGGCCAGCAGCUACAAUCCGGAUGCACACUUUGGACCCGAGGCGCCCAAGGCUCAUGCGUUCGCCUUUGUGCCGUUCACAAAGGGACUGCGCAUGUGCAUUGGUUAUCGCUAUGCGCUGUUGCUAAUGAAGCUGCUGCUAGCCAAGAUCUUUCGCAGUUACCGCAUUAGCACAGAUGCACGGCUAGAGGAGCUGCGUGUUAAGGGGAACAUCUCGCUGAAGCUUGAGCAGUAUCCGUUGUGUCGUGUGGAACGUAGAACGUAGUAAUUGAUUGCUAAGUUUUUGCUUCGUUACCUGAUGGCAAUUUUUCAAUUAAAAGUGUAAUUU